AGUCCUUAUAUAAAUUUCAGAUUUUGGCAGUAUGAGCUGGGCAGCUUCUUACCAGUUUCAUUUUUUGCUUCCACCACCCUCGCCUCGCCCUCUGUUACUCCUCUAAAUAAUUUGUCUCUGCUCUCUGCUCGUCUUCUCCUCUGCUCUCCGCCCAUUCUGGUCAUCCCUUCCUUCGCCGCAUGAAGAGGCUAGUGGCAUUGCUACUGGUUGUAGCAGUGGCUGGUUCCAUCAAGGGUAUUGAAGAUGGCGACGGGGCUUGUAAAUUAAAAAGAACGGUGGCCCCAAGGCCCCAUAGCGUCACUCUUACUGAGUUUGGAGCUGUUGGCGAUGGAGUGACGUUAAACACCAUUGCUUUUCAGAAUGCCAUCUUCUAUCUGAGGUCUUUUGCUGACAAAGGUGGAGCUCAGCUCUAUGUUCCCAAAGGAAAGUGGCUUACUGGAAGCUUCAACCUCAUCAGCCACCUCACUCUCUUUCUUGACAGAGGAGCUGUCAUAAUUGGGACGCAGGACCUAUCACAGUGGCCUACAGCUGAGCCUUUACCUUCAUAUGGCCGUGGAAUAGAACUUCCUGGACGGAGAUAUCUAAGUUUGAUCAAUGGCAACAAUUUGACAGAUAUAGCCAUAACAGGGGAUAAUGGAAUCAUAGAUGGCCUGGGUUCUGUCUGGUGGGACUCUUUCCAUUCCCGUACUCUGAACUAUAGUAGACCUCACCUCAUUGAGCUUGUGAAUUCUAAAGGUGUUUUGCUCUCAAAUUUGACUUUCAUAAAUCCCCCGGCCUGGACCAUUCAUCCUGUUUACUGUAGCAACUUAGAGGUUCAUAAUAUAACAGUCUUUGCUCCCUCAGAUUCUCCAUUUACAAAUGGUGUUGUUCCAGAUUCAAGCUCAGAUAUAUGCAUUAAAGACAGCAACAUUGCUGUGGGACAUGACGCAAUCUCCAUCAAGAGUGGUUGGGAUGAGUAUGGAAUCUCCUACUCUAAACCCUCCUCCAAAAUCCAAAUUACCAAUGUCUUCCUCCAAGCUCCUUUUGGCUCCGCUCUAUCAUUUGGCAGCGAGAUGUCAGGUGGAAUCUCCGACAUCCAUGCCGACCAUCUCCAUAUCUACAACUCGAAAGUCGGCAUCAACUUCAAGACAACCCGAGGCCGUGGUGGCUUCAUAAAAGACAUACUUAUAUCCGACACAGAGAUGAAUUCCGUUCAGACUGCAAUUCAGUUCACCGGGUAUUGCGGCGGACACCCUGACAAUUUUUAUGAUUCAGACGCACUUCCGGUGAUCAAUCGAGUUACAAUUAAGAAUGUUUUUGGUACUAAUGUCUCUGCUGCUGGUGCUUUGUAUGCUAUUGAGCAGGAUCCAUUCACUGCCAUUUGUCUCUCAAAUGUUAACAUAACCGUGGCACCCACUGAAGUUUCGGCUUCAUGGAAUUGCUCCUAUGUUUCAGGUUUCUCUCAGAAUGUCUUCCCUGAGCCGUGUUCUGAUCUUCAGCUAGAUUACUCCAAUUCUUCUCUACUGUGCUACUCCUUGGUAAACUAUAAGUAUAUUCCUUUGGCUGCAGUAUAAGCAGUUCUCCCUGCUGCUGCUGCUGCUGCCGUUGAUCUCUAUAUUGUGCGAUACUCUCUCUUUCUAUCUCUUUCUCUCAAUUUUCUCUUCCUCUUCGUGAUAUAUUGAAGAUGAUUCUUUUCCUGUUCAAUAAGUUUUAUUCAUUGAAACAUCAAGUGUUGCGAGUCAAGAGUCCCAAAGCUUAUGUACUGUUUUUGUACAGCCAUGUCUUCUUCCAUUCAAAUCUGUAAGAAAAUUUUGAACUGAUGGCAAUGCAGUAUAUUUGAUUUUAUUUGUUUCA